CCUACGGUUAGCGAACAACCAAAGAUACUUCCCCUAAGGGGAAGUGUCUUUGGUACAAGUCUUAUCGACAUCUUACGACAGUCCACAGAUAAAAUGCACAUUCGAACUCUUCCAGUCAGUCACCGAGGGCAGUCAAGUGGGAUAAUAAGCAGCAGUGUGGUCUCAGAUGGAUCUGAGACUGUGGAGUCUCCUGUUGGCGGCUGUGUGUGGGGUGACAGUUGAAGGUUUUAAGAAUGGAAAAGUUACUGCAGCCUGCGACAGCAUGGUACCCCUACACGAUCAGCAUUCACCUUCCGUUCAACCUUCCAGCCCCUACAUGGUGACAGUGGAUAAGAGCAAAUUCAGUCCUGGAGAUAAAAUAAAAGUAAGCAUUCUUCCAUCUGGGUCUGGUGCCAAGUACUUUGAAGGUUUUCUGCUCGAAGCUCGGGAUGCCGGACACCUGGAUGGUCCUGCGGUGGGGUCAUUUGACCUUGUCGAUCUCACUAUUUCACAGCUUUUGAACUGUGGAAACAUACAGGGAUCAGCGGUGAGUCACACAAGUAAAACCAAAAAAACAGAAGUCCAGGUUAUCUGGAAUGCACCGAAAGACUCUCCUCCCAGUGUUCAGUUUCUGGCAACAGUGGUUCAGCACUACAGCACCUUCUGGGUAAAGAUCCCUGCACCAGUGGUAUCCCAGAACGGUGUUACUCCUCUCCCAACUCGACCCACCAUGACGGUGGAGACUACUACACCCUCUGUCUUUCCCAAACCAUUUAGCUCGGAGGGGUGUGGCAGCAAGAAGUCGUGCCUCCGGGGCCCUGUUGGAUGUCAUCCAGAGACAGACCCAGAUUGCUUCUUCCUCUCUUUUGCUCCUGUGGCCCACAGUGUGGUUUUUGAGCUCAGUGGGCCAGCAGAGGGAUAUGUGGCUUUUGCGUUGUCACUGGACAAGUGGAUGGGUAAUGAUGAUGUCUAUCAAUGUGUGAGGAAUGGGGACCGUGUUGAUAUUGAAGCAGCUUAUGUCAAAGGGCGGACACACCCAGAGGGGGCUUCAGGGAGCGGAAUAAGCGAUGCUGCGUGGAGGCUGGCUGAUGGGAUCAUCCAGUGUAGGUUUCGCAGAGAGGUUCGCAUCCCCCAGGACCACCGCAGAUUUGAUCUGGACAAGAGCUACUACUUGUUCCUGGCAAAUGGCAGGGCUGAAUAUGGCAAGGUGCAUAGACAUGAUUGCCAGCCCUUGAUUUCGACCUAUAAGAAAGUGAUUACCGGUUCUCCGGAGAACAUGAAUGGCUCAAGGUCUCCUUUGAUGAUGAAAUUUCAUGGGGCUUUGAUGCUUGUUGCAUGGAUGACCGCAGCCACCACAGGUAUCAUUAUUGCACGCUACUUCAAACCCAGCUGGCCAGAUCGGACCAUAUUUGGGCAGAAGGUUUGGUUUCAGGUGCACCGUGUUAUGAUGAUCCUGGUUGUCCUGCUCACUGGUACUGGCUUCAUUCUACCUUUUAUCUACAGAGGAGGGUGGAGCUCGCGCGCUGGUGCUCACCCUUACCUGGGUUGCACGGUCAUGACUCUUGCUGUGUUGCAACCUUUUAUGGCAAUCUUUAGACCUCCUCCUGACUCUGCACGAAGGUACAUAUUUAACUGGAUGCACAUGGGUGCAGGUACUAGUGCAGUGAUAAUCGCUGUGGCAGCUAUGUUCCUGGGGGUUGGUCAGCAGGCCUUGUUGCUGCCCACAGUGGUGUCCAAUGUUGCCCUUGUGGGGUUUGCAGUCUGGUUUGCUGUGGCAUUUCUGGUGUUGGAGCUGCAAAAACAAGGCCUGCUUAAAAGAGAAACACAAUCCACUGGGGAUGAUGAUCCAAUUCUCUUUGAGACCUCACAGGCAGAUUAUAAGGAUUCCAUGGUUAAAAAUGUGGUGUUGGCAGUCUUCAUCAUUGGGAAUGUGGGAUUCGUGAUUGCACUCUUGUGCUCCAUAAAUAGUGUGUGACAGGUUACUUGUUGUAACACCCCCGACCUCAUGAUUCUGGUGUAGGUUGGGAGCCUUGAUCCUCUAUGCUUUAUUGACAGAAGGUGAAGAAACUGGAGCAAUGUGGCAGGUUUUGUUCCCAACGCUGAAUAAUACAGAACAUUCUGAGUGCACGAUUGAAUAAUCUGAAGAAACAAUUUAUUUAGACUAGUGUGAGAAAAAAGAAUAGACAAGUUUGAUUUUUAUUGACAGGAUUUUUCAGUGAUUUCAGUUCCAAAGAAGCAGUUGCUAGUGGAUUGGGCGAUGACUUUUAAGCUGUAGGAUUUCUUUGAAGUGGCAACAAUUUCAACUUGCAAAGGAACAGCUCAACUUUUUGUAACGACAGAUGCUACAAAAUAUACUGUGCCUAAUUGACUAAUAUAACAUAUUUUACUUAUGUAAUUUACAUAUGAACAUUCAUUUUAAACACAAGAUGCACUGAGCAUAUGGCUUUGCAAUGCAUUUAUUUUUGGCACUUAACUAUAAAUCAUUUUUUGAUUGAGUCAAGCAUAUUGCUAAAAAUAGAUAGUUAACUCAAAUUGAGUUUGUUGAACAAAUUAUGCAUGUGAUCAUGAGAGUGAGCUGCAGAGUGAGAGACAGGGGACUGGGAGCGGGUUGGAGAGGGAAUGGGAUAUAUUCUAUAGCUGCCAUUUGAAAGUGAAUGCUUUUCAUAAUUUUAACGAUUUUUAGGGCACUUAUUCCGAAUGACAUAUUUGCUUAUGAGACUGCUAUUACAUACAAUGUUUUUUGUAUUGUGUAUAUACAUUUUAUAACAAAAUUAAAUGCCUAUGUCUGUGCAGACAUAGAGGUAAAUGACCAUUUUUAAAGAGAUAUAUUGUCUCCUAGAGCAGACUCAAACUUCUUUUCCAGUGAGGGCCAGUGUUUCGAAUUUUACAAUCAAUGGCCAUUGUUUAGAAAAAAAGAAACUUGCCACUGUCAAUUUUGAAACAUGAGUUAUAAGUUUUGGGUUUCCAAGGCUAGCUGCAUCAAAACACGCUUCUCUGAUCUUUGGGGUGGAACAGCUUUUUCCACUUAGGAGGAGACAAUGCAACAAGGACCGGCACAAAACUAAAAUUUAUCUUUAUGUUUAUAAUUGCGAAUAAACACUCAAAAAUUGUGUUUUUA